AUGGACCCAGCUGCGCUCGCACAAUCCUCGCCAGAAGAGCAGGCUAUAUUCCUAGCCGCGCUUUUGGAGGGUCCAGCUCUAGAGCCUCCCCUGGGUACGAGUUCAAACUUCGACCACCCAGGCGGAAGCCAUGCCAUUGGCUAUGGUGUUGUCUUGCUCGGAAGCAUUGUCGCUGCACUUGCGGUUCUGCUUCGUUUAUGGUCGAGAGCGCUGUUGAAGACAUUUCGCAUCGAAGAUGCGCUCCUGAUAUCGGCUCUGGGUCUAUAUGCUGGACACUCAUAUGUCUUAUACGAACUCGCGAUAUUCCCAGGCUUUGAAGUUCAUCAGUGGAACAUUCAGCUCCAAAACCUGUUUCCGAUCCUUUACCAUGUUCAUCUGGGCUCAAUCUUUUACGGCUUGGUCAUCAUGCUCCUGAAGGUAGCCAUCUUGCUCGACUGGCUCAAGAUCUUCGUGCCUCGUGGGCAGCGCAACGCCGUGUUCUGGAUUUCCCAUGUCAUGAUCUGGGCAAACAUCCUCUUCUAUGGCGUCGGCACCUUGGUCGAGAUCUUCCAGUGCAGUCCACGGACCAAGAUAUGGAAUCCUUUGGUAGAAGGCAUGUGCCCUAUCGACAUGAGAAGCCACAACAUGGCUGCGGGUAUCGUCAACCUCAUCUCCGACCUCGUCAUCCUAGGGCUGCCGCAGAGGGUGAUCUGGCAGCUGCACAUGUCGCGCGCCAGCAAGAUCGGUAUCUCGCUCCUCUUCGGUAUCGGAAUAUUCGCUUGUGCGAGCGCAGCGGUGCGUCUAUAUUACAUUUACAGGCUGUUGCACACAUCCGAUCAGCUGUAUAUUGUCUCCAUCGCGGGUCUUUGGGGUGUAGGCGAGAUGACGGCUGGUUUCCUCAUCAUAGGCUUCCCAUCGCUUCCCAAAGUCGUCAAGGCAUUGCCAUUCUCGGAUUCUGUUGUCUCGCUCUUGCGACAGAUAACGCGGCCGGGCUCAAGCGGUCAUGCUGAAGGUCAGGCCGAGACGCGUCGCGGGCUGCCGUCGUGGCACAAAGCCGCACCACUAAAGAAGCGUCGCGACCAGUUCGAGGUCAGCGAAUUGAGCGAGUACGAUCUUCCCGAUCGUGAUAGGGUUCACAUGGGUGAUAGGCGCUAG